AUGAGUGAACGUCAAGUGCCGACUACCGUUGAGCAACGUAUUAUCAUUCGUUUUUUAGUGGGAGAAGACGUUAAAAACACGGAUAUUUUUGUGCGUUUGCAAAAGCAGUUCGGUGAGUGCCUGAGUAGGGCUGCCGUGUUUAAAUGGGCCAAAGCAUUCAAGGAUGGCCGCAAAACCGUCGAGAAUGAGCCGCAUGAUCGUCGACCGCGAACCAGCGUCACACCGGACAACAUUCGCCGAGUAGAACAACUCAUUUUGGAGGACCGUAGGAUAAAUGUUCGAGACAUUUCGGCUGAAGUCGGCAUCAGUAUUGGUAGUGUAGAGUCUAUCAUCCACGAAUACCUUCAAUAUCGCAAAAUAACGGCACGAUGGGUUCCUAAACUGUUGAACUUUGAGCAAAAAUUCACGCGGUUGGAAUUUGUCGCCGCUUACAGAAGCGAUACGAGGCAGAGGGGAACGAUUUUUUAA